AUUUUUACAAACCAAACAACCCCUAUAUUACUCAAACAUAACCUACUCCCUCAUGAGUUCCUCCAUAGAUCCGAUAGAUAUGUCGCAGCCCAUUUCCUCUCCAAACCCUCCUCCCCGAUGGAACAUCCGCUGCUCUCCUUACCAGUUUUAACUGUACAUCCAGCGAUUAUAAUCCUAAGAUGAUGUGGCAGCAAUGGGAGGAAGCCGCCCGAGUCUGGCUCUCGUCUCUUCCAGACAACCGCGACCCUUCGGCGAGCGAGAUAGACUUCUGGAUCGAUUCCAAUUUUUCCUCCAUACCAAAAGUUAUUCGGUCUCUCCCUCGUUGCGAUCUUCAUCAGCGAAUCCUCUCUCUCCGCUUCACCGUCCCGGUAUAUUCUCAGUCGUCGGGAUGUAGCCAGGCGGAAUUUCCUUACAGGUUUCAAAGGACGGACCAGUGGCGUCCAGUGUACUCGUGGCUGGAGACGCUGGACAAAGAUAUGAUCGUCAAUUCGAAGGAGAUCACGGACUGGUUGACUUUGAACACAGAGUUUAGGGACAGGUUGCUUGCCAGGCAUUCUAAGUACCAUUUGAUGCACUACAUUCAGAAACUACACCUGAAGUUGUUGAAGAAGAAGGGGAAGCUGCCAAAGGGCAUGCUGCUAUCUGCUGCAAGGGCUUCAGUAAAGUCAACAAAUGGUGGUGUUAAAAUUCGAGCUGAUAAUUCCUUAUGCAAAGCUUCGUCUGACACUUUGAAAGAUGAUGGUGUGUUUCAAUCAAAGAGAAAUGAUGCUUUUCUGCGGUAUGAACUUUUGACGGAUUUGCAGAAACAACUGACUAGCAUCCUUUCAAAGCAUAAUGAAAACAACAGCUCUGUUAAGGAUUGUAAGCUAUCUUUUCAUAACCAAAAGCAAGAUCAUACCUCUAAUCAUUCAUCUUACUUGGGAAUGAGGAAUGAAGGCGAGAUUAUUGUUUCAAAACCUGUUUCUAGUUCUCUUGAUGCAUCAAUAAACUUCAUCCCUAAACCAACAGUAGAUGUGCAUAUUGGCGCGUCAAUGAAUUCCAUCCCUAAUACAAUAGAAGGUGCAAAUAUAGAUGUGACGAGAAUUUCUAACCCACUACCGCUAGCAGAAGCAAACAUUGGACAGGAAAGUAGAAGGGAACCUAUCAUAGCAACUCCUGCAUGGUCAUAUUCUGAAGCAUUGUCGGAAGCUAGAAAAGAUUCCUCAUCUUUUAGGCGGUCAUCCUGUGAUAAGAAUAUUGCAAUGUGCUUGCUGGGAAGAGAGCUAGGUGUUACACAGCCGUUGUAUUGUUCAUCUGGUGGUUAUGCUGGAAUGAAUCAGAGACGGGGAAUCCCAUUAUUGGAAGGUUGGCGAUCACUUGAAUGCCAAUUUGAAGGGCCGGCUGUGUUAUUGAAACGUAAAAAUUAUUCUUCAUGGGCUCCUACUUGGUGUGCCUACGCAUCAAGUGUUGCUAUUGCUCAGCCUCAUGGGAGGCAAGGUGUACAAAAGGUUCUUGAUGUUAGAUUUCACCCGGAAGGGCUGCCUCAACUUGUUUGUAGCUCUAAUGAGGCGCCAAAUGAGUUGCUUCUGUACAAUCUUCUUUCUGGAAGGGCAAUCCAACUCAAUGGUCACAACUGUCAGAUCCAGGCUGUUGAAUUUGCAGUGAGGGGUGCAAGCAUUGUUUCAUGUGGAUCAAAUCUGUUGAAGGUUUGGGAUUGUACGACUGGUUCUUGCCUUUUCACAUUGGGCUCUACUUUAAAUGACCAAGCUGUAGUUGGACACACUAAAAAAAUCAAUACCAUGACGGUUAACAAGUGGCAAUCAUGUCUUGUUGUCACUGGUGGGGGGACGGGAGAUGGCAAACUUCUGCUAUGGAAUGCUUUGAGAGGAGAACUUGUUGCUGAUCUGAAUUCAAACUUUAGGGUUAAGAACCAUGAUCUUCCGUCUAUUGAUACAACGGAAUUUUGCAAUGAAAGUCUUCUAGCUUGUGGAAGUGAUUUUGAUCGCGGUGGUUCAGCAAUAGUGCAAUUAUGGGAUAUGGAAUCUCCACAAUCCCUUCAAUGCUUCCCUGCGAAUAAUUCUUUUAUCACUUCACUCAAAGUAAAUCCACAAGGCAGCACCAUAAUCACAGGUGCUGUUGAUGGAACUGUUGGCUUAUUUGACAUACGGACUUGCAAUGCAGUUAAUUAUCUUUCAAUCGGAUCGAAUUAUGAGGUUACAUCUGUUUCAUUUAGCAGCUGUGGGAGAUACUUUAGUGCCUCUAGCACAGCCAAUAAUUCUCUUGUAUGGGAUACACGGCUUAUGCCAACAAAUGUCCGAGACCUGCCCCUCGGGAACUGUAUCUCAGCCAGGGAUAUGCGUUUGAUCAGGCCACUGCAUUGUUUGAGCCAUGGGAAGCAAAUGCCUACUGCAGAGCAUACUGGUCAACUUCCAGGCCAUGUUGAUGAGGGUGAUUCAGGGUGUAAAUGAUGCUCGUGGCACUUCAGUAUGAAGCCAG